AUGGCGUUUGCUGGGACAAAUAUCAGUUUGUCCCAGCCGGAUAUCACGCAGAAACUAACGGAGCGCAUAGACGACCUGAAGCAAAAGAUUGCCGCUUGGGGGAAGCGGAUUCGCCGAUUUACCGAGAGGUCAAGGCGGUUCAACCAGAAUCGUCUCCUCCAGAGUGAUCAGAAGAGGCUCUACAAAUCAUUGGAGCGACCAGAGGUAUGUGGAGCGGGCCCAGGACCGGAUCAGGCUAACACUGUCGCAUUUUGGCGUGGCCUGUGGUCAGAGCCCGUAAACCAGAGCGAGGGCCCUUGGACGGAAGUUGUGACGAGUCAGUGUGCGAGUAUUACGCCCAUGGACCCCGUCAUCAUAACGCCGGAUGACGUAGCUGAGGCGGUCCGUAGAGCCCCGAACUGGAAAAGUCCGGGACUCGACGGACUGCAUCACUACUGGCUGAAGGGGUUCAUGGUGUGUCACGCUGUGCUCGCCCGUCAGUUUCAAGAGGCUCUCAACCAGAAGUCGCUCCCUAGCCUCUUCACUACUGGGAUCACUCAUUUGGUUCCUAAAGACCAGUAUAAUAAGCCAUUGAAAAACAGACUGAAUAUUAUUAAUACAAGUGCGACGCAAAAUCGUUUAAGGUGGGACUGGACAUUACCUUCGCAAAUUUGA